AUGACCCUCCCGAAGUCCUUCCCAUUGAAAAGCUCAUCCAACCUCCUCCUCCAACUCCCCUCCGUAGGCUUCGGCACAUGGGCCUCAGGCGAAACAUCAUGGGCAAAAGACUCCGUCCUCACGGCCCUCAGAGCCGGAUAUCGCCAUCUCGACUGCGCAUGGAUGUACGGCGUCGACCAACCCGUCAGUCAAGCGAUCAAGGAGUCUGGCAUUCCUAGAGAGGAGAUCUUCAUUACGUCGAAGUUCUGGCCACAUUUUGGAAGUCCGGAAAAUGUUGAAUUGUGUCUGGAUAAGGUGCUGGAUAACAUGGGACUAGAGUAUCUGGACCUGUAUCUGGCGCAUUGGCCUGUGGUCUGGAAACCGGCAUCGAGGCAGGCUCUGGAGAAGGCGCGAUCGGGACCGGAUACUACGAGAGAGGACAAGGGACAACUUUACGAUGGCGACAAGCCGGUUAUGGACUGGGAGCACUGUACUAAGAACAUCGCUUCGAAGCGCGGGCAUGAAGGGAGCUUCGUGCCGACGUGGAAGGCGAUGCAGGAGUGUGUGAGGAAAGGAAAGGCGAAGGCUGUUGGUGUGUCGAAUUUCUCGAUCACGGAGAUUGAGGAGUUGCUGCCGCACGAGGGGGAUGUGCCGGUGGCGUGUAAUCAAGUCGAAUGUCAUCCGUGGCUGCCACAACGGGAGAUGGUGGAGUUUGCGAAGAAGCACGGCAUUGCGAUCUCGUGCUACUCGCCUUUCGCCGGGCAGAAGGCGGAUGGGGCAACGCUGUUGAAGGACGAGAAGGUUGUCAAGUUGGCGGAGAAGAAUGGGAUGGAUGUUGGGCAAUUUUUACACAGCUGGGCGGUUCAAAGAGGGACUGUGCCGUUGGGGAAGAGUGCGACGCCGCAGCGGAUCACGUCGAAUCUGGAUGUCAGGCGUUUGAGUGAUGAGGAUAUGAGGGCGUUGGAUGGGUUGGAGAUUGAGGAUGGGAAGGGGAGGACGAUUGACUUCACGGAGGCUUGGGGGGUGCCGCUGUAUACAGACUGA